AUUGGCCUCAUCGGUGUAGGAUUCUGGGGAAUGUGUGUUCGCCGGAAGAUUGUUUUAGAAGGAACAAAAAAAAGAGAGUGGAGACAAAGACUGCAAUGCGGAUGCGGUGACAUGAGUGACGUUCGCAGUGACUGACUGUUUCGCCGAGUGCCGCCGUGUCGAGGAAAUGUCGACGGCCAACAUCGCCGAGUUCCCGCGAGUGUCGCAUGUGCGCAGCGACGACAGAGGCUUGAAGCUCUGUCUCCAGCGGCUGUUUCCGGGGUCCUGGUGGACCAUUUACCGCAGGAUCGAUGCCUGCAUUUGGUAUGGCCGACUCCAGGCUGCCAAGGUCAUCGCUUUCAUUUGUGGAGGACUGGCUGUUUUUCUGCUGAUCCUUUGCUUGGCGUCUUCAGAGUGGCUUUUGGCGCAGGGUUGGCGACAAGGGCUGUUCGUCCACUGUGUGUCUGAAGAUGCCAUCCACCCAUUGCCAUUUGGGAUCGCGUCUGACCAAGCCGGCUGUUUCCCGAUCAGACCAGCGGGCUACAUUGUUUGUUCGGCAAUUCUGUGCAUCGUUGCCGUGAUUCUGGACGCGGUGGCGACUCUGCUGACCGGCCUGGGGCUCUGGUCGCAGGACUCCACCAAGAAGUACAAGUUCUACCGCUUUGCACUCUACGUCAUGGUUGCCUCUCUGAUAACCGUGCUGAUCGCCCUGGUCGUGUAUCCGGUGUGCUUCUCUGGUGAGCUGGACCAAGGCAACAGGGAGCUGUGGGAAUUCGGCUGGGCAUACGGCGUUGCUUGGGGCGCAGCCAUCUUCCUUUUCGGAGGCAUAGUCCUCUUGCUACUGGACAAAGAGUCGGAAGAGAUCUACUACAAGGAACGAACGGUGGUCCAUGAAUCUGCUGCUGGGUCCGACGCUGCAUCCGGAAGCAAGGGAUGAAUAUACGCACGCACACACGUGGAAUUCCUUCGAGAGAGAGAUGAGAGAGAGAAAGAGAGAGAGAGAGAGCAAAAAAAAAAACAAUAGCGACAAAAACAUGCGAAGAUGGGAAAACUGGAAAAUCGCAGAACUAUCCUUUAUAUCCUUCCAAGUUUCGCUUUGAAUUUUCAUCGUCGAGUGUUCGCCCAUGAGUGUGUUAUUACGGCGUAGGCAAUUUUUUUUUGUGUUGCGAGAAAUUUGUUUUCUAUCGGAUUAUUGGUGGUCGUCCAAUUUUUCCACUGGCUGUGGAUGUGGAACCGACGCCUUCGUGUCAUAUUCUUUCUUUUUGUGGAAAAAUUAUCAAAUUAAACGAAAAGACGAGUCGCGGGAAUUGUUCGGCAGGAACAGAUACCUCUGCAGUAAUCUUCUUUGGCUUUCGUCCAUUCGUUUUUUAAAUGAGUGGCUCGAUCGCGAGGGCAUCCAUUGAUGCAUUCGGGAUCUGCUAAAAUAUUCAUCGUUUCACUUUCCACUGAAAGUCCCAAAAUUAUUAUGAAUUUUGUUCGCGAAGGCUUCUCACAUCAAUGUUUGAGACUGACGGAGGGAGAGUGCAUUUUUCUGCGUAAACUUUUUUCAGGCUUCUUAUUCUGGCGAACUACGCAAUUUUUCUUUGAACUCAUCAGUUGACGUCAUAUUGGUCGAAAAUAUGUUUUCCCGUUUCAGCUUCAUGCCCAUUCCGGGAUAUUUGGCGGACACGAGAUGUAUUUCCGAAUCGUCCAUGAAUAAAAAAUUCUGCAAUGCUAGGAAUGUUACGAAUGACGACAUUGUGCACGUCUUCCACGACGUCAUCAUCGACGCCCGUGCCACGAGCAAAAUUCAUAGAAAAAUAUUCAUGUUUGUCUCCUUUUUCUGACGAAUUUCAUCUCUUUUCAAACGGCUUUAUAUGGGGACGAAGUUUAUCCGGAUCUGCGGAAUAUCGUGUUGUGAUAACUUUGUUGCGUCGGAGUCGCUUUUCUUGAGACCUGUGUGAAAUGUUUCGCCAUUAUUAUUUUUUUU